GAUGGGGAUCGAUCCCAAACCGACUGCACAUCAAGCGAGCAAUUUACCACUGGGCUACGUCUCGCCCCUGUACAUAAAAUAUUUCUCGUUGCUAGUCAGUAUAAGAGUAGCCUCUGUGGCAACAAUGGGUUUCUUCUCUCAUCUGACAUUGUGGGUUGCAAGAUCGAUUUGCCCUCUAUGCACUCAAGGUUCUUCAAAGACUGUGGUGUGCAUUAUACUGCUUAAAUAAAAGAUCCCCCCCCCCCCCCUCAGUUAAAAGAAAAAUUAAUAUAAAAUGUCCUAGUUGCAAGUAUCUUCAGACACCUGUGUUUAUAUCAUAAUAUGUUUGUGCAUACAUUACACUGCUCUUAUGGUAUGGUCAUGUGGAGAGAUUUGUCACAGUCUAAUCCAGCAUUAAUACCCCAGGCACAAUGGUAAUUCCCUUGCACUUGUAAUAAAGUGUUUUCAUUGGGUAUAUAUAUAGAAUAAUCUUCUGCUCCUGACAGUGGUAUUUAUCAAGACUUCCUACGAGGCAUUGAGAGAAUUACUUUGUCACUGAUCCCAUCAGGCCUGAUAGAUUUCCCCCCCGAUAAUUGUGCUUGCUCAUUGUAUGAAACCUCUGUACACACCAUUGCUUAUUUCACUAUAUAGAAAUCAUUCCCAUGCAUUUUGAAAUAUGCGUACUGGUAAAGUUUUUUUGUGUGUGUUGUGGUGCAGACUGUGUAUGGGCAUUGUGUACAUUGACAGCCAUAUUUAUAAUUUAACCUGCUCACCUGUCGACACCAGAGUUUCAAUAGUCUCGUACAUGUUCUUGCCUAGAAACUGAUAACAAAAAAGCCAGGUUGGACAACUCUAUCUGUUUGCUCUCUUCAUAAAACACUCUAAACCCGAGUUUGGCAUAUGAUCACUUCGUUGCCAUUGGUGUGUUAUGCUUUCUGUUAUUUAAACAUUCAUCACGGAGACACAGAAUGGCUUGGAUUUGGCCAGUCGAACCUGUACCAUCACCACGGUCUCACAAAAGAAGAAUGAUGAGUGAACGGGCAGAGUUCCCACUUGUAAAUACUGGAUACAACCAAACAGUCCAGUACGCUCCAUUUGGAAAUGAUUAUUCAGUAACAUUUGAAGAAAAAAUCAUUGGUGGCAACUUGAAAAAAGUUGUAAAGAGGCAGCCGAUUGAACAUAUUGAAACCAGUCCACGUCCUCUACCUCGACUUGAAACAUUUCAGCCUCUGACAGACAAACCGAACGAGAUCAAUCCUGACAUCAUUAGAAGUUACCUUGUUGCUAACCAGGCACAGGAUUUGAAAAUAAACCAAACGACUGGAAUACCAACAUUGCUGGCAUCAAAGAGACCAGAUUCAAAGGAUGUGGCACAUAACUAUUCUGAGCUUGAUCCCAUUGACCAAAACCGCUUCAGAAACAACACAUCCACUGUGUUCGAACCAGAGCUUGGAACUAGAAGGCGUUAUCAGCAAAAUGGGCCCAAUAUUAAACAGAAUAAGGACAAUAUAGGGACUUCAGAUGAUGCAGAAAACUAUUAUCCUGAAAAUGCAAGUCCUCGAAAUGUUCCACUUUGGUCGGGGAAUGGUGCACCAUCCAAGAAGCAUGACCCUUAUGGGACGAUGGGAAAAAACUAUCCUGCAAAUGCAAGCCCAAGAAAUGUUCCUCUUUGGUCAAGGAAUGGUGCAGGAGCCCAGCAUCCUGAGGAAACGAGGAAACCAGCAGACAGUGACUCCAAUCUCAAUGAUUUGUCAAUAAACCAAACAUCCAAACCAACAUUCCUUGCAUCAAAGAGACCAGAUUCAAAGGACUUGGCACAUAGAUACUCUGUGCUUCAACCAAUCGAACAAAACCGCUUCAAAAACAAAACAUCUACAGUGUUUGAACCCGAACCUGGCGUGAUGCAGCGUUCUCAGGCAAACAUGGACAGCUCGGGGAAGUACUACCCUGCGAAUGCGAGCCCGAGGAAUGUUCCACUGUGGUCGAGGAAUGGUGCAGUGUCUCAUCGUGCCGAGGGAACGAGGCGGUUUGCGGAUGAUGAUCUGAGAAUGAAUGUGAGCAUGAUGGCGAACGAUGCAUACUCCCACCAGCAGUCAGUGUCACUGUCGCCUGAGGACGAGGUGCGCAUUCUGCAGCAGAUCGGAGCCGAGUUGAAAGGCGUCAACAUGGAGCAGCUCAAACAGGCAUACCUCAUCAUGACGGAAUACGACAAGGCGCUGUCGGGAUGGUGCGACUACAAACAUGUCGAUUUUGCUCUCACAAGCUCACGGAUUGUUUUACCUUCAGACUUGCUUAGAAUUUCAGCAUCACAAUUUAUUUCUAGCGAUGACCCUAAACUGGUGAACUAUGAAAAGCUGCUUUCAUUUAUUGGCACUGCUAUAAAACAGACAUCAGAAGAGAACUGGCCUCUGGCACUAUACAGUCCUAGAGAUUUUUACAGUAGACCACAAUACUACCAGACGGACAACCAACCAGGUGUAACUGUCCAUAAAAGCAGCAAGCCCCCGACUCCAGUGUACCCGGACCAGGAGACGGCCAAGUUGUUGAGUCUCACUGAGCAACAGCUGCGUGAUUCUCCGGAACCCAUAGACUUCGAAAAACUCAUCGCCAACUUCCAGGUGGCCGACCGCGACCUCAGGGGAACUCUCUCUGCAGAACAGAUCAAGGAAGUGUGUCGCUUGAACAGACUUCCCCUCCAGGACUCUCUUCUCAACCAGAUCUUGAACCGCUGUGAAGACAUUAGUCGAGAUGGGUCAAGACCAAGAAUCCAGUACCACUGGAUAAAAUUUGUCCAGUUCUUGGAACGUGUACAACCCGCUCAUACUGGUUUGCAUCUGCCAGACAGCAAGAAGCCGUUAGACUAUGCCAAACAGUACCGGUCUCCUGUGCCAAACUGGCCAAAACCAGCUGAUGGUGGACUUCCUGACACACCACUUUGGAGGAAGGAAGAUUCACCUCGCAGAGAUCAUAAUGUCCAAUCCCAGCGGUAUGAUGAGCCCCAGAAAUCACAUAGAGAUAACAUUGACAAAAUGAAUCAAAACUUGCAAGGUCUGGAACUUGAGUAUGAAAAUAUGAGAAGACAGGUGAACCAAGGAAAUGUCUCUCAUCGUGAAAAUGAAGCGGAAUGGUUCCCCAGGUUUAUGCAUUUGGCAAAUGCUCUGUACGAUCAGGAUAGAGGACAUACAGGCACACUUCCAACAAACAGAGUUUGGGAUAGUACCAAACUUCACAAUGAAGGCUACGACCUUGGAAUUCCAGAACAUGUAAUUGCCAGGAUUAUUGGUGAGGCUGCCCAUGGUUCAACAGUUGACAUCCAUCGAUAUCUUACCAUUCUAGGCAGCCGAGAUUGGCUUUGAAAUAUGGAAAUAAAAUUCAAUCCAAAAACAUUAUCACCAACAAACAUUUAGGUAGUGCAUCAAAUGAACGAAGUGUAUAUUUUAAUUUCCUUUUUGAUAGGUGACAUACAUGUUGCAUCUAGAUAAGAUACCCAUCACUAUUGUAAUAUAUGUGCAUUAUAAAAAUGCAGAUGAUCUGUCACAAAUCACACAUUGUAGAAAAAACCCAAAUGCAGUUUUCUUGGUGGGAAAUGUCUGGAAAUGUUUAACCCAGGAUGUCCUGAAGGUAAAGCAGCUAAUGAUAACAAAAGAAUCAUUCAGAAAAAGAUGAACAUAAACUAUGCAUUGGUUUGUUUUUAAUACUUUAUUGAAAGCUUAUUUAUUUGCAUCCAGAUUAAAUAAAGUUUAUAUUUUGAGUGAAAUAAUUUUCAUUUGUCAUAUGCUUUGGUGAAUGUUUAUUGAAAAUUAUUUUAGAAAGGACAUAAUCCUAAGAAAGGAUAGUCAGGUUAAUACUGAUUUUUGUUUUACUAAAUAAUUAUGUUUAAAAGAAUAGACUGCAGUGAAGUUAUCAUAAGGAAUAGAAACUGACAAAUUUCAUGUUGACAUCUCAUUAUAGUGUUUUACCUCUUUGGAACAUAUUGUUUGUUAGUGGGUUGUACUACUAAAAUACUUUGAAAUAGUAAAGUAUUACGAUAUAUCAUGAACAACCAAUUUGUGUUGGUUUUGACUUGUUGACAUGCCCCACAGAGGGUGGAUGACCACUAGUUAUAGACACACAGCACAAAAAUGUACACAUACCGGUAUGCCUAUAUGAUACUGAUUCAUAUAUAAAUUAUAUUUACAAUAUUUGGUUAAACUUUAAAUCGGUGUUAGUAUUUUUCUUGUUGUUAAAUUGAUUGUACAUGCACCAUUUCAAAUAUAUAAAUAGUGUGUAUUAAUUACAUAUUAUUUUUUUGUCUCAAUGUACAAUAUAGACUACCUCAUAUAACUGAGACUAAUAUGCAUUUCUCAUAUUCAGUAUUCUAACAAUGUAGUCCAACAUUUUUAACAUCAGUGGCUGUCAUACAUAACUCAAGAAAGUAUUAUAUAAAAAAAAGUUAUUAUUAUUAACGAUAAGAAUGGAACUGGUGUAGUUCUUUCAAUCUAUAUACAUGUACAUGUACAUCUCGUAGUUAACCUCCAGGUUUAAAAUUGUAAAGUUAUUUGUUCAUGUAUGUAUACGAUAUAAUAUAAUCUGUUACAGACUGUUAAUUGUUAACAAAAACACAUAGAAUACUGUGAUCAGGUUUUUCCAUGUUACUUUUUAUAGCUACAUUGAAAACAUUUCCAUUGAUACAAGUUGUUUCCAUUUAUAAGCUGCCCCAUUACAUAAUUAUGAGUGAUCUUCAAAUUACAGUUACUAAAGCCAAACCUAACAACAUUUAAACUACAUGUAUCCAUGAUUUAAAGUUUGAUUUAAAAUAUUCUUUAGUUGUUACAAAUUAUUUUGUUGAUAUUUUUUGUAAAGCUUUUAUUCCCCAUGGCUGUGAUAUAUAUUCCAAUUAAGUAAUUUUUGCUUAUUAGUUUAUUCAUAUUCCUGUGACAUAUGUUAUUUAUUUACAAACAAAUAAUGUUAGGCUCUACUGUGAUAUAUAAUGUAUUGUGAUAUUAGUAUACCGUCCUUCACUGUAAUAUUUACAUUGAUCCUGUCUUAGAAAUAAAUUAUUUCAGGAAU